GGACUGACUGAACCCCGCACCUGCCAUGACCAAGGCUCUUUUCAAGAAAGAAAAUAAAGCCAGCCACAAAUAAGGCAUCAAGCUACGGCCACCGUUCCAGGGUUCCUGGGAGAACUCGGAGCCUUUCAACCAUCGAAAAGCGAAUCAGCCUUAGUCUCGGCACGAAGCGUGACGGAUAAAUCAGCAACGAGAAGUGCCCAACACGGCCCAUUCCCACCCAGCCUCACUUCUCCAGGCCCCCCUUCGCCCCCACGCCCCACAACGACAGACAGUCGGAAAACAUGGGUGGUGGGCCAGUCGGACCGAGGCGACCACUGGUCAGGCGUCCAGCCACCAAGGCGGAUUUGGACGCCAUCAUCAAGGUGGUGAAGGAUGGCUUUCCUGAUGAUCCCGGUUGCAAUUACAAAUUCCCCGGUCGCGACCAGUACCCUGGAGAUUUUGAAAAGUGGACGAGGCUGGAGUACGCAGAGUACAUCGACCAACCGGAGAAAUUUGCCUCGUUUGUCGUCACAGCCACCGAGGACGACCUUGUCGACGAACCGAUUGCCGUCGGGAUCUGGGAUAUUGCUGUUGAGACCAAAGCAAAGGGCGGAGAUCGCGGCAUCAACGAGCGGCGUGACGCCAACCGCGAACACAUGGUGGCCUACGGGGAGGCGAUGACGCGGAGCUUUGACAGGUCCUUCGCUCGCUACGGUGAACAACAACUUCAUCUGUGGAUGCUCAUUACGCACCCCGAUUUCCGCCGCCGGGGCGCCGGGACUCAGCUCUGCAACUGGGGCGUGGAAGAGUCGGCGAGGAAGGGCGGUUGGAUUUUGACCGUCAUGGCAAGUCCUAUGGGAAAGAGCCUUUAUGACCAUCUCGGGUACAACCUCGUGGGCUGCGAGACUGCGAAGGUGGACGGGGAGGAGGAGAAGGUGGACAUUUACGCUUUGGAGAUGCCUCAAGUCUAAGACGACAAAUUAUACGUUGGCACAUGAGAUCCGGUUGAUGAUUCAUGACAGUUUGGUUUCUAUCUUUCGCUAGCGUUAUUUCCAUUCUUCCCGGGAACAGAAAAUGCACAGAUUGGGGUUUCCUUUUUCUAACUGAAUAGCGCGUGGGAGUCAAUUACCCCCCAGUUGGGCUUCCCACAACCCAACACGUCGCCGGAAAGGUCGUUCACAUACAACCGCCAAAACCGUGCCGUGAAUCGAGAUCUUCGGCCCCCUCUCACUCGCCGCAGUCCUGAAUUUCAUUGAAGAAAUG